CGGCUGUUGGUAAAGAUGUCCUCGUAGAACUGGAGGAGAGUUACCGACAGAGUUGACUAUUCAGGUUUUUUCAGGGUUCAAUGAUUUUUGGAACAAUCUUCUUCAGACCUGGAUCACAGACCUGGACCUGGCAAGACAUUAACGUCUGGUUAGGAAGAGUAAUUCGAGUAAUUUUGGCACAAAAGUAUGUUGACAUUUUCUGCUCUGAUGGUAACCAGUGUCUAUUCAACAUUUUCAUAUAAAAAAUAUCACGUGGGACUGUUUCGUUGCCCUCUUCAGGAACGUAGUUCAGCUAGAAUAGAAGUGAGAAGGUCUGAGGGCAGUUGUCUUCCACAAGACCGAGACAAAAUUUACCUCAGAAAUAAUAUCCACAGGAACAUGGUACAUCCGACGAUAAACAGCUGUUUUGUCCAGUCGUUCCUUGUGAUGGAAACCUCAACUUGUCUUGAAAUAUGAAUAAUUGACGGGAAUUGACGCCGAUGACUCUGUCGAAUUCCUAGAAACAAGAGAAACAUUAGUCAAUUGAAAAAAAUAAAAUGUCACAAACAUGGUAUCCAAGCACUCACUACCGAGGACUAUUGAUAUUGACUUUUGACGUUGGCUUAAGUAGUUACGGCUGAUCAUUAAAAAUAAUAAUAAUGCGAUGGCUGAUAAUACUGUAGCGGUGGUGGAUACCGAGACGGAGUUACUUCUGGAUAAUAAUUUGUGGAGUGAAGGGAAAAAAUGGAAAUUUGAUGAUUUUGGAGGUGGAAUGAGUGAGACGUGUGAUAGACACAGCGUUGCUGGUGAUGCUGGACAUGAGUAUGAGAUACAGGCUGAUGAUGGGGUGGAAAAUAGGAAUGGUAAUCAUUCUUAUCACUGCAAAAAACCUGUUACUGUGCCCCUGUGCCUUCUGGGUGAUGUACAGCUGAGAUUUUUGUGCCCCGAUGAUCUGGAGGAGGUCAGGGCACUCUGCCAGGAUUGGUUUCCUAUAGAUUAUCCCUACGCCUGGUACGAAGCCAUAACAAGCUCAUCUCGUUUCUACGCCCUGGCUGCUGUCUUUGGUGGUGUGAUAAUCGGACUAAUUGUUGCCGAGAUAAAGCCACAUGCAGCACUCAACAAAGAGGACCAAGGAAUACUCUGUUCAAGUUUAGGAAAGGACUCCCUCGUUGGGUAUAUUCUCAGUCUCGGUGUUCGUCGUGCCUAUCGUAGAAAUGGAAUAGCCUCACUGUUGCUUGAACAACUGUUGGCACAUGUUACAGCACCAGAGAGAUUAUCAGUGAAGGCUGUUUUUCUUCAUGUACUGUCCAGCAAUGCUCCAGCAAUACUCUUCUACCAAAGAUGCCAUUUUCGAUUGCACAGUUUUUUACCAUACUAUUACUCAAUUCGUGGGAAAUGUAAGGACGGUUUUAUGUAUGUUCUUUAUGUUAAUGGUGGACAUGCGCCCUGGAGUGUUUGGGAUUGGAUGAGACAUAUGGCUGGGGCUGUUUCAAGCCUUGGGCCAUGCAGAGUACCCCAGUGGAUCUGGCAACGACUGCUCUGGGCUGCCACUUUACUCUCUUACCACAGAUGAUAUUUUACACAUCUCGUUCAUUUGUCAUUUUCACUUAUUUAUCUGUGACAACUUCCAUACAUUUUUAUUUUGGCGAGGGGGAGAGGGGGGGGAUGCUCUGAUGAUUCAUCAUCGAGAGAUAACGACAUUGAUUCCUAGUGUGACACGAAAUUUUUUUUUAAUCUUCUGAGGAUAGCACACGGUUGUUGAUAUUCACACUUUGUGACAGGAUUCGUUCAAUGACUUUUAAUACUUUAUUACGAAUAGACAAUUGGAUAUUAUGUUGAUGUAUAUAUUUAGUAGAUAAUUAUUGUUUUUAAUAAAAUAUAAAGUUUAGUCACGUUGUAAA